GCGAUCGAAAUCGAACUCGAAACGUGUUUAUACUAACGUACUCUAUCCGACAUACCAUAAACGAAUGAUCAAAACAACAGAGGAUCGGAAUUUGGAGAAUAACAGUUUGCUGUGGAUGUUUAUUGAGAUGAUGGCUGGUUUUACAGAAGGUGCUUUAGCGAAAAAGCUAGCAGAUCUAAACAGUUCGCAACAGAGCAUUCAGACACUUUCCUUGUGGUUAAUACAUCAUAGGAAACAUCAUGCCACAAUUGUAAAAGUUUGGUUCAGGGAACUUCAGAAAGCUAAAGAUCAUAGGAAGUUAACAUUUAUGUAUCUGGCCAAUGAUGUUAUUCAAAAUAGUAAGAAGAAAGGUCCAGAAUUUGGGCAAGAAUUUGGAAAUGUUCUCAGAAAAGCAUUUGAAAAUAUGGCAGUUCCUGAAAGUGAUGAGAAAACGAGAAAAAGUAUUGAAAGGAUUCUACAAAUAUGGGAAGAAAGAAGUGUAUAUGAUCCAAAGCUCAUAAAAGAAUUCAGACGAGGUUUGGCAGAAGGAGGAAGUCAAAGAGAGGGGUCACCUCCCAAGAAAAAAGUUAAGGUGGUGGAAAAUGUCAGACCAGAGACAGAUAAAACACCUACCAAGAGAGUGGCCGUUGGCAGAUCCAGGUCUCCUAUUAGAGAACGCAAGAAGUCUGAGACAGAAGUAGAAAUUGAGGUAGAUGGGAUGAAGGAGUUACAUGUCACGCUGUCGCCAAGAACUCCAGCUGGAGACCCUCCUGAACCUGAGGAGCUCAUUAAAGCUUUGAUGGAUCUAGAAAAUUCUGCAUCCAGUGAUGCGCUUGUCAGAGAAAAGAUCGCCAGCUUGCCUCCAGAGGUUUCAGAAAUUGGACUACUUUCUAAACUAGAAGAUAAAGCAUCAGCAGAGAAGUUAUCAGUCCAGGUGAAUGAAGCAGUGCAUUUGUUGACAGACUACAACAGUAGACUGGCAUCAGAGAUGGAGUACCGCAAGAAACUAACCACCAUGCUGAAGGACUUUCUCCAAGCACAGAAAGACUUGCUUGCUCAAGCUGAACACAGGCUAGAGGAAUAUACAGAGAAGCUACAGAAGGUUUAUGUGGUGAGACAAGAGGUGAAGUCCCAUAUACAGAAUCUCCCUGACCUCACACAACUCCCAGAUGUGACAGGGGGCUUAGCACCUCUCCCAUCUGCGGGGGACCUCUUCAGCAUGCACUGACGAAGUUAAUUCCAAAAAACGAAUUGACUCUAAAUCAGCAAUGCAGAGUGCAUUGUACAUGUGUACAGAAACUUCCAUUAUUUUGCAUUGUUGUUAUUAAAUGAAUACAGAAGACGUGCCUGCCUAAUAUGUUUCAGUGUUGUAGAAUACACAGCCUCCUGUAUUUAUAUUAGUGAUAAUGUAAGUAUACACAGGGUUCCCACAAAUACUGAGAAAUUGUAGACCAAAAAAAUUGUUCCUGUGGCAGAGGUUUUGUCUAACAUGACCGCAGAGCCACAUUCAGUCGUGUGGGUGUUAUGACUAGAUGUGUUAUGUUGAGCCACUGUAAUCUCUGAUUUUACAUAUUUAAUAUAUGAGUAAAAUAGGCAUAAACAGGCAUUUUUACACUUCUUAGUAGUAAUGUUUAUGACUGGCAAAAGGUAUCAGACAAGAAAGUUUAAUCAUUUACAAUUAAUAAUUAAGUAAUUAAUUUGUUUAUGGUUUCACAGUAAGUCACAAGAAUAACUUCAGGAUUGCUGGGAUAAAAAUGCACGUCUUUUCUUGUCUUGAGUAAGUUUGUAAGCUGAGUAAAAUCUCAUGUUCACUGAUGUACCUGGUGCAUAUUUCAGGUUUUGGAAAUAAUGUUGCCAAAGUUCAAUGCAUAAUGUGUAUUACCAAAAUUGAAUCCUCGUAUGUCACACGUCUGGUUUUUUAUGUAUGAAUUUAAAAAAGCGUACAUGGUAUUUGGAUAAAUACAGUCUACCUCUCUAGGGUAUUAUAAAAUACAACGCUGGCCCCUCUCUGAGGUGUAGUUAUGAACCUGAAGCAGGCCAUUAAAAAGUAGACUUAAGUGACAGUACUAAUGGAAAUAAUGAUGAAAGAGCUUGUAAAAGUGGUAGUAUGGGCUUUGUCCAUCAUCUAUAUUUCAGUACAAUUACGUUUCAGAAGCUGGAUCAUCUUGGGGGGGGGG